UAAAUUCACCAAAAAGGGGGCACUGGAGAAAUUUUGCAUUUCUAUUUAAAUGCCAAAUUCAUUUUGAUAUGUUCUUUAUCAUUUUGGACGUUUCAAGUAAAAUUCAGAAUUAAGCUAGUGUAUAAUUCGUUCUCCAAGGAAAUAUAAGCUAGUGAUUGAAUAACUUCCUUUUAUAUGUUUUGCGAUUUCGUUUAUGCGCUUAUGGAGUUGCCGUUUCUCUAAUUUUUUUUUUUUUUUUCUAAUCGAAGAUAAGGCAGCCAAUUCAAGGAAUGGGAAUGACUGGUACACUCGGUACAUCAUCUUCAAUGCGUCCAACGGGGGUACCUUCCCAUCAGUUGAGGCCUUCACAGCCAUCUCUAAGACCACCACAGACUGCCACAAGUAGUCAGCCUCCGUCUUCUCAGAAUUUUCAAGGACACGGCAUGCUUAGAGUUUCCACUUUGGGGUCUCCCGCGUCACCAUCACCUAGUAGUUCUCAAAGCCCACAAACCCAGACCCAAGGCCAAACCCAAACCCAAACCCAACCAUGGUUAUCUUCUGGAACCCAAGGAAGACCUCCCAUUCCAUCCCCAUCACCUCGACCUCAACCGAGCUCUCAGCCAUUUCAGCAAAGAUCUCAUGUUCCUCUGCAGAAUCACCCGAACAUUCCCACUAACCAACAACAGCCAAUCAGUUCUGGGCAACAGUCACUGCAAUCCUCAGGUUCGGGUUCAGGUUCAGGCCAGCCAAUGGAGCUUUACAGGCCAGUCAAUGGAGCUCCCAGGUCCAUUACCCAUCAACAGCAGAUGGCGAAUCAACAACAGAUUACGAGGGGUGCAGGAUUGGCAAGUCAAAGACCACCUCUUGGAUUGACACAAUCUGGUGGUGGGUCCCAGCUUGGAGCCCCUAGUAAAACGGUCAAUGCAGACGCUGAAGAAUCUUCUAGUAGGAUUAUAAGCAAGCGGAGUAUUCAGGAGCUUGUAAACCAGGUGAAGAUGUUUGCCUUAUUUUCAAGUUUUGUCGAUUCUGUGGAUUAUUUGGGUUCCUUGAUAAUUCCUGUGCUUUGGCUCUUUCCAUGUAAGAUUGAAAAUUAUUUGCAGCUUGCAUGUGUAAAUUUUGUUACGUUCCUUGUCUGGGGGCUACUUGUGUUGUCAGUUGCUCUCAUUUUUGUUAUUUAUUGCGUGCAUGUAAAUGUCCGAAACUUUAAACCUUUUGUUUUGUGCUGGGUGUUUUAGCUAACAGAUUGUUUCAUGCUUUUGAACUAUGUUUUUCAACUGAGUUAGUUAAAACUUCAAAAAAAAAAAAAAAUGAAAGUGGGCAUCAAUUCGUUUAAGUUUGGCUGAUGAAAUAUUACUUCUGGAAUAAUAAUAGGUAUCAGUUAGUGUUGGUUUUGGAAUUCAGAUUGUUGAUGUCGUUGGUAUAUGAUUGAGAUGUUGAGGUCAUUCAGAUUAGAAAAUCAAAAGGGUGGUAGU